AUGGACUAAGAACUGCAAUAAAAUUAUUCAGCUCGCAUUCAACUUAAUGCUAACACUUUAAUAGAGUAACUGAAGUCUGGGACCUUAUCCAAGGAUCAAUUAUUAUCUUAACUUCAGUCUUAGACAGUGAGUUCUAGAUAGAUGCCUCCCGAACUGUUGGAAAAUGGAGGAGUAUUUUCAAAUAGUCUUGCAACAGGGCAAUCUGUGACUACAGCCAGUUUUCCAGCAGUAGAAUUCUAACUUAUGAAUCAACCUCUGCAUGCUCAUAGAAUAUCAAACAUUAACAGCAAUAUUAAUGUCAAUGAUCAAUCAUCUCUGAAUUUUAUGAAUGAAGAGACGAGCUAGGAAAUAAUACAAAUGCAGCCUUGCUAAUAUAGUCAUAGGAAUUCAAUAGAUAUUCAUAAUAUUGGAAAUACGAAUAACAGCAGCACUUCACAUCUAGAAGAUGUAACUCUAAGGGAAAUUUCAAACUUUAGAGGAGAUGAAAAUACCAGUACACUUAUGGAAGUCAGAAAUUCAAGAGAGAAAAAGCUAUACUAAAUGCCACUUCAAUUUAGCGAUAAAUUCUUUGAUGAAGACCCUGGUUUGAUAAAGAUAGUGGACAACUAAGGAUCUCAUUCUUAAUACCAAAACACAUGUGUCUCUGGAGAUGAAGAUUGCUAUAAUGACUAGACUGACCGAAGUGGAAUCAGCAGAUAGUCAAUUGAAUAUAUUAGAUCUAAUCUCUAAUUGUUUGAUAGAAAAAGAUCAACAAACUAGCCUUCCUAUUCAAAUAAUAACGAGUAGUUUUUAUCUCAUUAAAACACAGAAAGCAAACUGAACUUCAACAACUACAACGAUGAACCUCAGGAUUAUAUGGACAAGGAAGAGAUAAUGAGAAGAGCUAAUGAGUUAACAAGGGCAAUUGAUAACUAGUUCUCAUAUUUGCUUACCUAGAGAGAUGAUCAAGAUGAGAUAAGUUAAAAUAAUCUAUUAAGCAAUUAACAUAAUUAGCACAUCAAUCACUAAGCUAAUCCCAGUAAUGUUGAAAGAGUGCAUUAAUUUGCCUCGAUAUUCAACAGCCCAGUAGCAAGCCAAAAUACAAGAAAUAAUCUGCUUUCUUCUCAAGUAGAGCCAAUAGUAAAUGUUAAUUAAGUACUUAGAGAAUAACUACCCUUUUCUAAUUACUCCUCAAAUACGAAUUCUAAGCCAAAUUUGCAUCAGUAUCCAAUGAUUGAUGAGUAUCAAAUACAGUAGCAGUAUACGUAAAGACCUUAUCACCGCAGUAAUGAGUUUUAGAAUCAGGAUAUUACUUAGUAUUCCUAAUUAAAUGAGACUCAGACAGUCUUUUAUGAUUAGUCAACUGAUGGCUAGGGCAUCUCAACUAUUUUAGGAGCAAGAAAUGGCAAUAAUAAGUAAGGAUAUGGCUUUCAAGGCUCGUAAACAUAUCGUUCAAAUGAAAACAAAUUCUACAAUAACAACUAAAACAUGCAUUAGCUAUAUAAAGAUUUCUAAGCAAUAGACAGUCUUGGAUCAUAUGAGGUCAUUAACGAUACAAAAGGAUUUAAUGAUAGAAAUAAUAAGUGGAUAAAUUAGUAAGCUUAUAAAAAGACAUAGAUCUAGUAAUAGUAAUAAGAUCAAUAAAUGAAAGAAUGCACUUUCAAGCCUCAAACCAAUAGCAAAUCUUCUAAGAUUCUUAAUAACAGAAGAAAUGGUUCAGGAUCUAAAAGAGGUGAAAGACUUUAUGAAUCUAAAUUCAAAAAGGUGUAGGAGACUUAGCAAAGAUACGCCUAGGAAUAAGAGGAUAAAAUCUAGCAGUAAUGUACCUUUAAACCAUAGUUAAACGAAAAAGAUGUGUAUGGAGUUGGUAGCAGAUACAUGUAAAUCACAGAGGAUCUAGUUUAAAAUAGAAUUCAUGUGAAUGAUUUUUACAAUGCUGGACUAUAACAUUACAAUUAAGAGCAAUCCGAGCUAAGAGAAUGCACUUUUGCUCCUCAGAUUAAUGGACUUAAGAAGCAUAUGUAAACUGCUUAACUAUAUACUAGUAUCAAUGCUUUCGAAAGGUUAAGCAAGCCUCUAAGUCAGUUAAUGCCUCAAAUAGAUGGUACUUAAAAUGAUGAGGAGUUUUAAAACUAAUAACCAAAUGACUUCUUAAGUAAUUAUCCCAAUAAUACUAUCUAAGAAGAAGAAUCUGAGAUUGAAAAGAUCUAAUCACAGUUAAACUCAUUUGGCCAGUAACUCUAAAAUUUCCAAACAUUCAAUACUCAAUCUAAUUCAAAAGAUGGAAACUCUUAGCAACUUUAAGUAAAUCACUAUAAUAACGUUGGAGGAAUGAGCUAGAAUUGUGCAAAUUUAUCAUCAAUAUAAUCUUAAUUAACUAACACUUCUCAGUCAAAGAUAAACAAUGCCUAAAUAUAGCCAAUAUUAGGGCUACUUGAAAGGCAAAAUAAGUUUUUGCUGGACAAGGAAGAGCAUAUUAAGAAAAUAAAAGAAGAUUUAUCGCACACUCAUAAGCCCUAAAUCCUUGACAUUACAAAUACCUAGUAUUAAGAUCAUGUUUAAGGUUUAACAUUUGGUGAAAGAAACCAACUACUGCUAGAAAAAAAGCAAAAUCACUAGCUGUAGUAAAAUACAAUAGAACUUCAGAAUUGCACCUUCUAGCCUUAAAUAACUAAAAAAGGUUAAUAGUAGCAUAGUAAGAAUAUCGAAGAAAUAUCUUAUGGUGACUUUAUAAAAAAGCAAUAGAAAUUGGAUAGAAUUGCAGCUGAGCUUGAUAUGAACUUAAAGCAGGUUGCAACUUUUAAACCUGACUUAGUCACAGCUAAAACCUUGGAAUUUCAGCAAGUUAAUUCUAAGUUGCAAAUACAGUCUGGUGGUCUAGAUGAUUUCAUUAAGGCCUGUUAGAUCUAACAAGAUCAAAGACUGAAGGAGGCUGAAUAGUUUAAAAAGAUGAAAGAGGAACAGGAGUUACAAGAGUGCACUCACAGACCUUAGACUAUAGAGUUACCAGACUAUAUAAAGCGCAUUGCUGAAGAAAGUAAGAAAAUAAAGGCUGAGAGAGCAUUAAUACAAAGUUAACUUCCUUAAUAAAAGCCAGAAUUUAGAGUUUGUUGA